CUCACCACUCACCACCCGUCUGAGCCAUCCACUUCAAAAGCACCUGGUAACCUAGGUACUCGUACUAGUCGCAACAGUUCAAUCACAGCUACGAAUAGGUACAUACAACACCAGCACCACUUCCACUUCCACUUCCACUGCAAAACAUUGGACAUCGCCAUGGCUUCCUCUUCUACUCCUCCAACGCCUCUUCUCUAGUCAGGCCUCCUCACCUUCCCCUCCUUGGUCACUUCUAACGUUUGCCAGCUCCUGUAUCGCACACAACACCACCAUCCUCACUGAACACACCACCUCCGCUGCCUCACAAACCUCUUCUCUCGCAUCUCUUGUGCUUCCCAAGAUUGAUCAUAAAUCGGCGCAAAAACUAACCUACACCCACAACAACAACUUCAUCCAUUACAUUGCGGAUGCUCCUUCGGAAUACUCCCCUUCCUCUUCUUCCGCUGGCGGUCUCACCUACCUCGUAGUUGCCGACUCCUCACUCGGUCGACGUAUUCCCUUCGGAUUCCUCGUUGAGAUCAAGAAGCGCUUCCAAGCACAGUUCCCUCCCGAGAGCACCGAUUUUGCCAGUCUUCCCAAUUAUGGCGCCGGAAGUUUCAAUACGGAAUUGAAAGGCUUAAUGGUUGACUAUGGAACUACCAAAGCAGGCAAGGAUGACGCUAUUGCUAAUGUCCAAGGAGAAAUUGAGAAUGUGAGGGGAAUCAUGAGUCAGAAUAUUGAGAGUCUCUUGGAAAGAGGUGAAAGAAUCGACUUGUUGGUCGAUAAGACCGAUCGCCUUGGCGGUAGUGCUCAUGACUUCCGAGUACGCUCGAGAACUUUGCGACGACAGAUGUGGUGGAAGAAUACAAAGCUCAUGGCUUUGCUCACUGUGGUGAUUAUUUUCUUACUAUACCUGUUUGUUGGCAUGGGAUGUGGAUUGCCGGGCUGGUCAAAGUGCGUUGGAAGUUCAAAUUGAUCGUGGGACGAAAGCACGAGCUCCGAUAACGUAACAGUGUACUAGCAGUGUAGGAUAUGUCCAUGGGGAUCCAUUUUUAUACCAGCGGAGUUCAACGGGGGGGGGAAACAUGUGGCCCUUGGAAAAAGGGCAUAUUCCGCUUUUGACGAUUGUUUUUUCAAG